GCUCGCUCGCACAGACACUGCUGCCGUGACACUCGGCCCUCCAGUGUCGCGGAGACGCAAGAGCAGCGCGCAGCACCUGUCCGCCCGGAGCGAGCCCGGCCCGCGGCCGUAGAAAAGGAGGGACCGCCGAGGUGCGCGUCAGUACUGCUCAGCCCGGCAGGGACGCGGGAGGAUGUGGACUGGGUGGACAUGAGCGAGGCUUAUCUCAGAUGUUGGAUCUUCUCUUGGAAAAACGUGUGGGUACGACCUUGGCUGCCCCCAAGUGUAGCUCCGGCUCCGUGAAGUUUCAAGGAUUGGCAGAGACGGCUGGGAUCAUGAAAAUGGAUAUGGAGGAUGCUGAUAUGACUCUGUGGACAGAGGCCGAUUUUGAAGAGAAGUGUACAUACAUAGUGAACGACCACCCCUGGGAUGCCGGCGCCGACGGGGGUACUUCUGUUCAAGCCGAGGCAUCGUUACCAAGGAACCUGCUUUUCAAGUAUGCCGCCAACAACAGCAAAGAGGUUAUUGGUGUGGUGAGUAAGGAAUACAUACCGAAGGGAACACGGUUUGGACCCCUGAUCGGCGAAGUUUACACCAAUGACACAGUUCCCAAGAAUGCCAACAGGAAGUAUUUUUGGCGGAUCUAUUCCAGACAGGAGUUCCACCACUUCAUUGAUGGCUUUAAUGAGGAGAAAAGCAACUGGAUGCGCUACGUGAAUCCAGCUCACUCUGCCCGGGAGCAAAACCUGGCUGCCUGUCAGAACGGGAUGAACAUCUAUUUCUACACUAUUAAGCCUAUCCCUGCCAACCAGGAACUUCUUGUGUGGUAUUGUCGGGACUUUGCCGAGAGACUUCACUAUCCUUAUCCUGGAGAGCUCACAGCGAUGAAUCUCACACAAACAGAAAGCAACCCAAAGCAAUACAGUAGUGAGAAAAAUGAGCUUUACCCAAAGAGUGUCCCCAAGAGAGAGUACAGCGUGAAAGAAAUCCUAAAACUGGACUCCAAUCCCUCCAAAAGGAAGGACAUCUACCGUUCUAACAUUUCACCCUUCACUUCAGAAAAGGACAUAGAUGGCUUUCUGAAAAAUGGGAGCCCAGACGUGCCCUUCUACCCACGGGUUGUUUAUCCCAUCCGGGCGCCUCUGCCAGAAGACUUUUUGAAAGCAUCCCUGGCCUAUGGGAUGGAGAGACCCACCUACAUAACUCACAGCCCUCUUCCGUCUUCCACAACUCCAAGUCCCCCUGCAAGCAGCAGCCCAGAGCAGAGUCUCAAGAGCUCCAGCCCCCACGGCAGCCCGGGGAAUACGAUGUCACCCCUGGCACCAGGUCCCCCAGAACACCGGGACUCCUAUUCCUACUUGAAUGUUUCCUAUGGUUCCGAGGGCCUGGGCUCCUACCCUGGCUAUGCACCUGCCCCCCACCUCCCACCAGCUUUCAUCCCCUCUUACAAUGCUCACUACCCCAAGUUUCUAUUGCCACCCUAUGGCAUCAGUUCCAAUGGCUUGAGCACCAUGAACAACAUCAAUGGUAUCAACAACUUCAGCCUCUUCCCCAGGUUGUAUCCUGUCUACAGUAACCUCCUUAGUGGGGGCAACCUGCCUCACCCCAUGCUCAAUCCAGCUUCCCUACCAAGCUCCCUGCCUACUGAUGGAGCCCGGAGGCUGCUCCCACCAGAGCACCCCAGAGAGGUGCUUGUCCCAGCACCCCACAGUGCCUUCUCCCUUACCGGGGCUGCAGCCAGCAUGAAGGACGAGAGUAGUCCCCCCAGUGGAUCUCCAACGGCGGGAACUGCAGCCACGUCAGAACACGUGGUACAACCCAAAGCUACCUCAUCAGUGAUGGCAGCCCCCAGCACUGACGGAGCCAUGAAUCUCAUUAAAAACAAACGAAACAUGACUGGUUACAAGACCCUUCCUUACCCCCUGAAGAAGCAGAAUGGCAAGAUUAAGUAUGAGUGCAAUGUCUGUUCCAAGACGUUUGGUCAGCUCUCCAACCUGAAGGUCCACCUGAGAGUGCACAGUGGAGAACGGCCUUUCAAGUGCCAGACCUGCAACAAGGGUUUUACUCAGCUCGCCCACCUGCAGAAACACUACCUGGUACACACAGGAGAAAAGCCACACGAAUGCCAGGUCUGCCACAAGAGAUUUAGCAGCACAAGCAAUCUCAAGACCCACCUUCGACUGCAUUCUGGAGAAAAACCUUACCAAUGUAAAGUGUGCCCUGCCAAGUUUACACAAUUUGUGCACCUGAAGCUGCACAAGCGACUGCAUACGCGGGAGCGGCCUCACAAGUGUGCCCAGUGCCACAAGAGCUACAUCCAUCUCUGCAGCCUCAAGGUCCACCUGAAGGGCAACUGCCCCAUGGUCCCAGCCGCCGGGCUGCCUCUGGAGGAUCUGACCCGAAUCAAUGAAGAAAUCGAGAGGUUUGACAUUAGCGACAAUGCUGACCGUCUUGAGGACAUGGAGGACAAUGUUGACGUGACCUCCAUGGUAGAGAAGGAGAUUCUAUCUAUGGUCAGAAAAGAGAAAGAAGAAACCGGUCUGAAAGUAUCUUUGCAAAGAAACAUGGGGAACGGACUCCUCUCCUCAGGGUGCAACCUCUAUGAGUCACCCGACCUGUCCCUCAUACCCUUGCCUCACAAUAACCCACUACCUCUGGUGCCUGUAAAGGUCAAACAAGAAACAGUUGAACCGAUGGAUCCUUAAGAUUUUCAGAAAAUAAGUGUUUCAGUUUGCUUCUUAGGGUAUGGCUUGGCGAGUCAGGGUGCCUGUAGUGAAUUGCUUGUACAAUUCCAGAUCUGCAAGGCUCAACUGGCCUCGGGUGGUUCCCCGCACCUCUCUGGAAUUAAAGAAGGACUCCAAUGUUACCAAAAUCUCAGGGCAUAAAUGAGGCAAAGACUCACUAUAUAUACAUAUAUACAUAUUAUAUAUAUAUAUAUAUAUAAUACUUAUUUACAGCCAUGUCUAUAUAUUUGAACCUGUGUAUUUUGAAUAUUUGUGUGGAUAUGUUUGCAUAGCCUUCCUAUUACUAAAACUAUUGCCUAGCCAUAAUUAUUUUUUCAAUGAUAAUCCUUCAUAAUUUAUUAUACAGUUUAUCUUUCAAAAAGCAAUAAUUAAAGUUUACAAUGACUGGAAAGAUUCUUUGUAAUUGAGUAUAAAUGUUGUAUCCUUGUCUUGUGGCCAUUCUUUGUAGAUAAUUUCUGCACAUCUGUUUAAAUGCCUGAGACUUAGAAGACAGCCCUGUGAUUUCAGGCAACCUUUCUCUCUAUGAUAAUGCUUUAAAAUGAGGUUUUGAUAUUGCCAAAGUCAUGUGGUUGGUGUGUUAACUCAGAAGAUCACAUAAUCUGAAUGACAUUGUAUAAGUUGGGGAUAUGUAUACAGAAUAGUUUGAGGAGAAGGAAGAAGAAAAGAACUAUUUUAUGUUUCUGAAUGGAGGUUUGGUUUUCUUCCUAGCCACAAUUUUGCCAAACAGUGACAGGAAGGCUUUGCCAACCUGCCUCUCCAAAAACAUAGGGCCUUCCUAUCUCCAAUGUCACAUGACCAUUCUGAGUGGCCUUAUGACUUUGGCAUCCCUGGGUGUUAUCUGAAAAUGUGAAGAAGAUAAAAAGCCGUGUUCAGAAGAUCUGUCUUAAAGCACAGAUGUUAUUGUGUGUGUGAGGGUUGGGGUUUGAGUCUGGUUGUCAUUUUGCUGUUGGCUUGUUUUUGUUUUUGUUUUGUUUUGUUUUGUUUUAUGUCAGAAUUGCACAAAGCCGGUGCCCUACCAAGAAGGAUUUAAUGUAGAAAGGCUCAGGCCACACUUAAAAUACAAACAAGCCAAGAGAAGAGAAAAAUAAAAGUAAAAAAACGGGUAUUCUUAUCAUCUUAGGUUAAGCGGGUAAUGGACAUUCCUAUCCCCAACACAUCAAUUGUAUUUUAUCUGUAAAACUCAGCUUUUCUCAGUAUUUGUGUUUUUGCAUUGUAUAAUUAACUUAAUUGAGGAUGAAAGGGCAUUGCAAAGGUGUUCAACAAUUACCUCAUCGAGUGUAUCCAGUAGGAUUGCAGGAAGUGAUAUCGUAUCUCAUGAUUUGCUACCCAGCUGAGCGUAUGUGCUCCCAAACGGUAGGCUGGGUGGUUCUGUCCUGUAUUCUCCUAAGCCCAAAGGUUACCUGUUGGUGUUCAAGGUGUAAUAAAGAAUGCUGUAUAUUUAUGAAUCUAUUUAUACCACUAUACCAUGUGUAUAUAUAUUUAUAACCACUUAAAUUGUGAGCCAAGCCAUGUAAAAGAACCUAUUUUUCCUAAGAGCAAAAAGAAUCUCUCUGAAGUUUUGCUUAAAACUCCAUGACCUCACUAUCACAUUGGUGCUUGGGCACCACCCUGCCUAUUACCAGAGACCAGAGCACCUCAGUGCAGAGGUAAGGGCCAUGUAGCACCUAAGGAGGACUAGAAGCAUCACACCAUCUAGUCACAUGUGAUUGUUUUGCUACAUGUGUGUCAGUUGGGUCACAGAAUAAAAACCAUUUUUUCUAUUUCUACUCUGUUCUUCCUCUCCCUCCUCCAGAGCCCUGACACAUGCUUACUUUCCACUCUGAUGCUUACCUUAGAGUUUUGUAGAUAUCAGCUUACGAGAGGGAAAACUCCAGAUCCUCUGGGGAGACCCAAGAGCCUUACUGACCUGUUGCUGUGACUAGCAAGAUGGGUUUCUCUUUACCUGCAAGGAUCAAAACCAGAGAUUGCACACACACUAGCAAGCAAGCUCUCACUGAGCUGCAGCCCCGUCAAGACUGACAUCUCUGGAUGCAUCUGUGUUUGAGAAAAUUACUCCUUAAUUGUAGGUUAACCAAAGCAUGACUUGACAUUGACACCAAAUACGAUUUCUUUCCGGUGAACUUAGGUUAUUUUCCUCCUGUGUUUUCUUGUGUUGAGAGGGUUUCUACAAGGACAAUUGCUUUUCUUGCCAUCUGUCUUCUUCUUAGGCCUCUUACAUGAGAGUGUUGAGCCCACAAUGAACAGUGGUUUGUUUGUUUGUUUGUUUGUUUUUUCCUCAGAGUUAAAACUGACCAAAGUUAUUGGCUUUUUACUUUGCUAGAACAACAAACUAUCUUAUGUUUACGUACUGGUUUACAUUGUUAUUUAUGUGCAAAUUGUCAAAAUGUAAAUUAAAAUAUAAAUGUUCAUGCUUUA